GGCUGCCUGAGUGAGAGAGCAGAGAGGGAGUGAGUGAGCCGUGUGCUCUGGCUUAUCCUUGUCCUAUGCGGAUUUCACCACUGACUGCCGGCCCCGAGCGACUCGCAUCAUCCAGGUUAGGCCUGGGUUUAGACGCGUUUAGACAACAUUCCCAUUCAAGGGAACACUCACUGUUCGGCUCCUCUCUAGGAGCGGAGGGAGAUCAUUGUGGUUGCACUGCUGCUUAGCCGAUCCCAGCGGUGGGCAUAGCAUAUUAUCGGGACUUGGAGAGAGGAGAUAGCGGAGAGGCGAGGAUGCUCAGUGGACAAGGCGAGAGAUGAGUAAUGGGCAAGGGGCGUCCUAUAACUCCUGACAGAGAAGAGGAGCCUUCAAUGCCAUAUACCUCUCCUCUCCUCCUCCAGUCCACGUUCCCCCUUUCACCCCUUCUCUUCACUUGUUGAGUGGUUUUUCUCCCCCACUUUCUAUCCCUCCACAUCCUCCAUCACCCGUCACCAUGACAACCUCAGCCCUGCGUCGGCAGGUGAAGAAUAUUGUGCACAACUAUUCAGAAGCGGAGAUCAAGGUUCGCGAGGCCACCUCGAACGACCCCUGGGGCCCAUCUUCGUCUCUCAUGUCAGAGAUCGCUGACUUGACAUUCAAUGUGGUGGCGUUUGCUGAGGUCAUGGGCAUGGUGUGGAAACGCCUCAAUGACAGCGGCAAGAACUGGAGGCACGUCUACAAGGCCCUGACUCUGUUGGAUUACCUGCUGAAGACAGGAUCAGAGAGAGUGGCCCAACAGUGCCGUGAAAAUGCAUUCACUAUUCAGACGCUACGCGACUUCCAGUACAUGGACCGUGACGGCAGAGAUCAGGGGGCCAACGUGAGAGAAAAGGCACGCCAACUGGUGUGUCUCCUCCGGGACGAGGAGCGGCUCCGCCAGGAGAGGAGUCAAGCCCUAAAGACCAAGGAGCGAAUGGCUGGGGGAGGCAGUGGAGGGGGUGGGGGUGGCAGUGGGGGUGGGGGUGUGAGUGUGUACGGAGGUAUACCCCCUUCUUACCACCCAGGCAGGCGAACAAGCCAGCCCAGCAUGGCUGUGCUGUACGGGGAGGAGUUCAGCCGAUCCAGAGGCUCUCCGUCCUCCUUCAACUCCUCGUCAUCGUCGCCUCGCGCCGCCUCGGACCUGGAGCAGGCUCGGCCUCAGACCAGCGGCGAGGAGGAGCUGCAGCUCCAGCUGGCUUUAGCCAUGAGCAGGGAGGAGAGUCAGAAGGAGCAGUGCUGUCGCCAAGGAGACGAGUCUCUGUUACAGAAGGCUCUGGAUGAGAGCAGGAGAGAGAGUCAGUCGGGUACGCAGGAGUCGGCUAUGCUGGACUUGGUGGACAUAUUUGGCCCCUCAUCUGAGGCCCCACCUCAGCCUAGAGACCCUUGGAACUCUGCCCAACCCCCCGGUGACAUCACCUCUGACCCCUGGGACUCUGUAGCGGUUCACUCCAGCACUCCUGUGAUUGGUAGCCCGUGGACGGCCCCUCCCUUAUCCUCCAACGCGUCCAAUCCUUGGGCUCCAUGUGCGGACUCACGCAUAGACCCCUGGGAAGCAGCGCCUCUCUCCCCCAGUCCUAUCAAUCAUGACUGGGACAGCCCAACAGAUGGAGCAGGUGGGGAAGAGACAGAUCAGUUUGCUGCACAGGAAGAAGAUAAUCCUAAACAGGAUGUCCCUCAAGUGUCCUCCCCUCAACCUGCUAGUCCCACAGAUGCAGAGCUGUUUGGGGUAAUGGCAGACACUGACCCAUUUGCAGAUUCUAAGCCAAAUCCAUUUGGGGCUGACACUCCGGUAAAACCCCUGGUAAAUGGACGAGAGUCGGCCAGCCCGGAGAUGUUUGAUCUGUCCCGGCUGGCACCCCCGCUCAGCGCCCCAACUCCACGUAUGUGUCGAACCCCAGAGGCCUUCCUAGGAGCUACGGGGGCCUCGCUGGUCAAUUUAGACGCUCUCAUACCCUCCAACCCAUCUAGCAAGAUGCACAGCAAUCCCUUCCUCUCAGGUCUGAGUGCUCCGUCUCCCACCAACCCCUUCCACUGCGACCAGCCUCGCCUCACCCUCAACCAAAUGCGACCAUGCUCUACAUCCCCACUGCCCCCACACAUGCUCUCCUACAGCCCGUCGCUGCCCCUCCCUCUGCCCCACCAGCCACCCAUCCUCCCCUCCUCUCUCACACAACCUCCCGCUGGACUCCUGGACCUUCCCUCCAACCUCCCACAGCCCCUGCUCCCCCUUUCUCCGCGACCACCGCAGCGCACUCAGUCACAGACACACAGCCACAACCCCUUCCUCUGAGACCUUCUGCAUCUUUCCAGCUCUGGUCUGCAGAGGGAGACAACAGAAUGAACUCUAUUUGGAUUAAUCUAUGCCGACUACAAUAAAACUAGUUUAAAUGAGCCUGAACUGGACUGCGGAUCCUGGUCUGAUGUCAUCGUGCACACUUGAAGCGGAUACAACUCGGACUGGAUGUAUUUGUGUCUGUCUGAAGACACAUCAGCUGCUAUAUAACCUGAACUCUUGAUUAAAAGCUAACUCACAGAAAAACACACACACGCACUCAGGCGCACUUAAAGGUGCAUAGACACAAACAUGCACACACCACCAAACUAACAGGGUGUGCCUCCACUGUCCCUUCGAUGCCUUUUCCCCAUCAACAGUGACAACUCCGAGCACCCUUUGACCACAGAGCCAGAACUGUUUCUUUAGGAGAUCAGGAUGAGGCCACAUACUUUGAUUUUCCACCAAGAUUCACCAGGAUCCUUACCCCUGCUGCUUCACCGACAAAAGCAUGAAUGCAUCCCACCCCCAAGACUCGAAACUAUUCUAUUCUGCUGAGCACCUGAGACCAGUUCUUCAAACAAGUCCUCUUUUUCUGAUGAGUCAAAUAUCUUGAGCUUUGUUGGCACAAUUGAAUCACCGGAGAAAGCCCAAAAGUGUGUUACUGUUAGGUUCAAGACAGCAUUCAGCACUGUUCAAGAACAAAUUGACUCAGGUAUUCCUUCCCACAUUUAAGUCAUGACAUAUUUUGCAUUGCCUUGUUACCUUGCAAGCUCAACAGCAUCUGGUCCUAAGUUACUUAUGUUAUUUGUCCUAGUGGCCCCUAAAGAAUCUAGGUGGAUUCAAAACUGGAUUAAACCAGCCUAAGCCAAACCUCAUUGUCUCAAUCUGGACCUAAACUGAUCACUGAUUGUACCCUAUCGGACCCGUGUGCCUGACUCUACAGCUGACCCACAAUGCAUUCCCAGCUGGUUUAUAUUGAUUGAUAUGAAGGAGGACCUCAGGAAGACCGCUCUGUCCCUCCUCCGGUGAAAUUCAACCUUAGUCAAUGGAAAAGCAUUAGUCUACAGAAAAAAGAGGUGGGAGGAGUAAAAGAAAUAUGAAUAGAAAUAAGGUGAAAAGAUUACAAAAGAUAAAGUGAUGUGUUGAGCAGUAGCUCCUCUAUUGUGCUAAAUAUUUACUUCUGUGUUUGGAACAAGAGAGGAGUUGUUUGGUCGUCACUGCACUGAACCUGGACUGAAUGUGAAAUCCCUGCCUAUAGAUACACACAGGCUUAGUACAUAUGUAUUUAACAGAAAGAUACCUAUAAAGUAUUAUAAAACAUAUACCAAUAAAUGAAUGGUGUUUGCAUUAUAA